CAAAACAAAACAAAAACAAAAUUAAAAGAGAAAUCAAAACAAGGCAACCCGGUCAUUGAAAUUUCAGAAAAUACUGCUUUGUUUGCGUUAACGGGAAUGCUUUUUGCCCCGUAGAUAUGUAUAUAUCACAUAGAGGCACGGCUCACAGAGAACACCCACCAAUCCAAACCAUUUACAUUUACCACUUAGAUUAGCUGGUCUCGCAAACAACGGAUAAGACUGUAUAUCAGCUGUACGUACGUACGGCUAUUUGGUGAUAAAACCGGCGCUAUAGUUCCACUGCCACAAAGUAACAAAGAGAAGACUGAGCCGAACAACCUGCCAUUUUGAUACCGACGCCCCACCGAGAUUAAAGCCCACUUUUCCGGAUCCCAUUCGCAGUUGUCCCACAACCUCAAGGCACUACAAAUCGCAACAAUAGCCAAAUAAGUAUAGGAUUCCGACGAUGUGCGUGAUAUUCUUUUGUGCGGACUCGAAUCCGCAACCGGGUGGCUACAAGCUCAUCCUGGCCUCCAAUCGGGACGAGUUCUUUGCCCGCGCCACCCUAUCGGCAGCCAAGUGGGCGAAUGCCGAUCAUGUUUACGGAGGGAUCGAUCUGGAGCCGGGACGCGAGGGCGGCACCUGGCUGGCGAUCGGCCACUCCGCUGGCUUCUUUAAGGUGGGCGCCCUGCUCAAUCUGACCGGCGAGCCCAAGCCACGCGAUGCAGUUGCGCACAAAAACAUUUUGCAACCGCAUAAUCACAACAGCAACAGCACCGGCAUUAACCUUUGCCCCAAGACCACCACCUCCAACAGCUACCGUCAUCCGAAUCCGAAUCCAAUUCAGAACCCGAAUACGAAUCCGAGUAGGGGGCAAUCGAAUAACGAACAUUUCUUACUAGGGCGCGGCAUGAUUGUGGCGGACUAUGUUACCCGGGCGGACGAGGAGCACAGCAUCCUGAACUACAACGAAAGGCUGCUCAAAGAUUGCACCAAGUAUUCUGCCUUCAACUUUGUGUCCAUCGAAAUUGGAUCUGCAUCCCAGCCCGCUCGCGUGAAGCUGCUGAGCAAUGUGCCGCCCACGCUGGAGGAUUUCCAGAACGGCGAGUGCUACGGAUUUGGCAACAGUCUGCCGCACUCUCCGUUCGAGAAGGUGCGUCAUGGCAAACAGGAGUUCGAGGCGAUCGUUAAGGCUCAUGGGGAAGCCAGCGUGGAGACUCUGUCCGCCCAGCUGAUGCAGUUGCUCCGCAACAAGCACAAAUUCUGGCCGGACGACGAGCUAAAGACACGUGCGCCCAACUGGGGCGAGGGAUUGAGUUCCCUAAACGUCCAUAUCGAAGAGCAUGCCUAUGGCAGCCGUACACACUCCGUUGUCCUGGUGGACAGCGAGAAUAAGAUGCACUUCAUUGAGGAGACAAUGACUGGAUUGGAUCCGCACGGCGAAUGGAACAAGACCCACAUUGAAAAGGAUUUUCAAAACGGCGUUUGACCACGGACAGGAUGACGCAACUUCUUGACGCAACUAUCUCGUUCGAAGACUUUCCUCUUUUGUAGAAUAACCUAAUUGGCUAAUAUUCUACCAAUCUGUAUUUUGACUCUGGCAUUUGCGAUAAUAAAUAGUCAUAUUUACUAUAUCUUUAAAG